CCAGUAGAUUGUGAGAAAUGAUAGGCUCAACUAUGUACAAGUGUGUAUACAAGUGGUAAUAUGCGUGUAGAGAUUUGAGCUUAUAUAAAUCAGUAAUCUGUCACAGAUAUAAACUCUGUAGUAACAGUAACAAAACUAUAAGAAAUUUAUUGAAAGGGUAUUUCUAGGAAUUCUAAUAAAUUUUCCUGUUAUGCUUUUCUACACAAGACACAUCUAUUGUACAUAUUUCAUAAUGUUGGGUUUCUAAUGUCAAUUGACAACAUCAAACUCAUCAUUUGAACUUAUCAAAUAUUUUGAAAAAUAUGGCCAAUAACAAAUGUGAACAGAAUAGUACUUAUCCGUAUAGUUAAGAAUUAUAAAUUUGAUUUGCUUAUUACCAUUUGCAAUGCUUCUUAUACUGUGAUAAUCUGUUAAUAUUCAAAUUUUACAUUUCAUUUUACCAUUAAAAAAAUAAAUAAAAUAAAACUCACAGUGAUUAUAAAAUAUAAAAAAAUUGUGUUUCUAAUAAUCAGAAGAAUAUACACAUGAAGAACAUAGUAGUUGUGUUCGUGUUGGGAAACAUUGCUCUCCUUUGGAACGUUUGUCAUACACAAGCAAAUUUAACUGAAAAUUAUGAACAUCAAUUAAAAGAACAAACUUCAAACCAACUAUGGAACAAAAAUUCAUCUGAACAAUCUCAAGUUAUUAAUAAAGAAUGUACAGAUUGCAACAGGAAAAAUAUUUUCAUAAAUGAAUUAAAUAUAUUUUCCCCAAAGAAAAUUGAAAAUCUUGGAUCAUGGAUCAGUGAUCUAACUGAGUCUUUAGUAAAAAAAGCGGAAGAAAUAAUUGAAACUACAAAUCAGACUAUUUCAUAUGAUCCAAAGGACGAGCUGGCAGGAAAAGACAAGCAAAAUAUUCUACAUAAACCUGAGGUUAAACAAGACAUGGAAAAAGAAGAAAAAUAUAAGCUAAACUUUCGGCAUCAUCGAGCCCAAAUGAUGCAAAAGUACAUGGAUACAACUGUAGAUCCUUGCCAAGAUUUCUACACGUUUGCUUGUGGCAAUUGGCCUAUGGUCAAACCCAUUCCUUGGAAUACAUAUCAUUACAAUAUUUUUGACUUUGCUAAAGGCACAAUAGUUGAUCAAAUGAAAAAACUCCUAGAGCAGCCAAUUUCAGAUAAUGAACCAAAGUCAUUUACCAAAGCUAAAAAUUAUUACAAAUCUUGCGUCAACCGUGAAACUAUUGAAUCAAGAGGGUCAAAACCUCUUCUUACCCUUCUUGACUCACUUGGAGGCUGGCCAUUGAUCAGUAAUAACUGGAAUGGUACUAAUUUUGACUGGAUUUCUUUAGCAGGGAAACUUAGCAGAUAUACUAAUGAAGCAUUGAUUGCCUUUUCUGUUUCAUCUGUAAAUGAAAGUCAACUUGAAAUAAAUAUAGACAAACCGAGAAUAGCUUUUCCAACAAGAUACAAUCACAUCUGGAACAACAAUUCCAAUGACAUGCAGACAUAUAUGAAUUUCAUUAAGGAAAUAGCAACACUUUUGGGUGCAAAUAAAGAUAAAAUUACAGAAGCUGUGAAAGACGUUAUAAACUUUGAGAUGAACAUAUCAAGAAUUAUUCUUCCUAAAGAUGGAUUAUUAGAUAAGACAAAAUCAUUGUCUUUAGACGAAAUAAAUCAAUCGUUUCCUAAACUUGAUUUAAAACGUUAUAUUUCAACGGUAUUUAAUUUAACAGAUGAUUCAAACGAGCAAGUUGUGAUACAUUCCGUUUAUUAUUUUACUGAACUUGGAAAAAUUCUGGAAGAUACUGAGGCCAGUACAAUAGCUAAUUAUUUGUUAUGGAAUGUUGUUGAACGCUGGGUGGUUCAUUUGGAUCAGAAAUUUAAAAACGUCUAUAAACAAUUUCACUCACAAUUACCCGUAAACGUUUCAAAAAUGAACUGUUUCAAAGAAGUGAGAAAUGGAAUGAAAUCAGUAGUGGAUGAAAUGUUUUUAAAUACGCAUUUCAACGAAUUUAUCCAAAAUGACACGACAAUAAUAAGAAAGAGUAUUCAAGAGUCCUUUAAAGAGGCAGUUUCUAAUGUUAAAUGGCUUAAUCAACCGGCUAAAAACACAGUUAAAGAGAAGAUAGAUGCAUUAAAAUUUCGUAUAAAAUUUCUAGACAACAGACGAACAACAGAGGAACUCGAUAAUUUAUUCAUGCAUGUUACUAUAGAUCCAGCUACUUACUUUGAGAACUUUAUAGCUAUAACAAUGUAUGAUGUACAAAUUACAAAAUCUCAAAUUGCUUUGUCCAAAAAGGAAAUACAAUCAAAUGGAGAUAUUACAGAAGUAGGAACGAGUUUUAUUCCCAACGAGAAUGAGAUCGUGGCCACAGUGGGGAUUUUCCAGCCUCCGUUCUAUCAUAAAUAUUUUCCACAAUGCUUAAACUACGGUGGAUUUGGAGGAGUGAUAAGUCAUGAAAUGCUACUCGGUUUUGAUUAUUAUGAAGUCAUGCAUUACAAUGGAAACUUAGCAACCAGACUGACUGAGGAAUCAUAUAUGAAAGUUUAUGAACGUGCUACGUGUGUAACUGAACAAUAUUUGUCCGAAAGAGACUAUGAAAAAUAUGAAGGAUAUCAGGUUGAGGCAAAAAAUAUAGCAGAUAGUGAAGGGAUCAAACAUGCUUAUGCGGCGUAUAAAAAAUGGUUAAAUGUGUAUGGUGACUCUGAUGAAAAACUCCCUGGAAUGAAUUAUACAUCGGGUCAAUUGCUGUUUUUGAACUUUGCACAAAUGUGGUGUGAAAAUAUAAACCUUGAUAACAUUGACGAAGGAACGGAUAGAAUGCUUAUUGUUCCAGGAAAAUUCAGAGUAAUUGGGACAUUACGGAAUAAUCAAGAUUUUUCAAAAGAAUUCAAUUGCCCACUUGGAUCUCCAAUGAAUCCAAGGAAGAAAUGCACAGUGUGGUGAAUAAUGUUCUAAGUUUAAACCUACAAAUUGGAUUUUGCAUAAGUGUAGUAAUCAAAUAAAUAUAAAAUUAUUUUAAUUAUGA